CCUCCAGCCGCUGGCGGUGCGAGAAGUUUUGCAGGAGCAGGAACAGGUGCUGGGGCUGGGCCGUUUGGUGGUGGUUUCGGUGGUGGCUUUGGCCCAGGAGCUGAUUUUAGGAGCGGACCUCAAAUUCCCAUCUUGCGAUACACCAAUGAUAAUGACGGAAGCGGCAACUAUCAAUACAGUUACGAAACUGGAAAUGGUAUCAACGCCGAAGAAAGAGGACGAUUCGUUGGUGGAUUACCGGAAGAAAUCCACACACAACAUCUACCUGGUAUCCGAGAAAAACAUCGACAAGUCAACAUGAAAUUUAUUAUCGUAUCACUGUCUGUUUUGAGUGCGGCCCUUGCGGCACGUUUAGACUCCAACUACCUUCCUCCAGCCGCUGGCGGUGCGAGAAGUUUUGCAGGAGCAGGAACAGGUGCUGGGGCUGGGCCGUUUGGUGGUGGUUUCGGUGGUGGCUUUGGCCCAGGAGCUGAUUUUAGGAGCGGACCUCAAAUUCCCAUCUUGCGAUACACCAAUGAUAAUGACGGAAGCGGCAACUAUCAAUACAGUUACGAAACUGGAAAUGGUAUCAACGCCGAAGAAAGAGGACGAUUCGUUGGUGGAUUACCGGAAGGUGGAGCAACAGUAGCAGAUGGAUCCUUUUCUUAUACCGCUCCUGAUGGACAAAGAAUCAGUUUAACUUACACUGCUGAUGAAAAUGGAUUUCAUCCAUCUGGUGCUCAUCUUCCUACUCCACCACCAAUUCCAGAAGCCAUUCUUCGAUCCCUAGAAUUCAACCGUGCUUCAGGUGGAAAUGCAGGUGACUUCGGAGGAAAUGGCGGAGACGACGGCCAAUACAGACCUUCCCAAACGUUCUCUGCCCCAUCCGGAAGGACGUCGUUUGGUGGUUAUCGUUAUUAGAAUAUUUUUCUAUUAAUAAUUCAAAUGGUGAUUUGCUCGUCUAUUAAAAUGAAUGUACAAAUGAUCUUUAUUGUACCAUACUUAGUUGUGACACUCUGUGAGUUGCUUUUUAGUGCUAUUGCGUAAUGUAUAUAUACAUAACAUAAAUAAGUGAUAAUUAAUAUGCAAACAUGCAAAUAAAUGCAACAAAA